AUGCCGCCCGCGACGGCGGUCCCCUCGGUCUCCCUCCGGGAGCUGGCCGACCUCUCCAUCGGCACCCCGGAGGUGGGCGCCGUCAACUUCACGGCCCUGCACACGCUCAUCGUGGCCAUGCUUAAGAAUCUCAACCUGCAGGAUACUCGGAUCGACUUCCCGUCCCCGAUGCUCGAGCAGAGUCGCUUGUUCGAGUCCCCGCGGGUCUCAAGCAGCAGGGAGCAGCCGCAGGCGCUGGAGAGCCAGGUGAAGGACCUGGGCGGGCAGGUCCAGGACCUCAGCCUGCAGCUCAAGACCAUGGGGAGCCAGGUGCAGGCCAUCAUGGCGCACGUGCAGCACUUCCCCUCCCAGGCCGACGGGCUGGACGCCCGGGACUGGCUGGAAGCGAAGGAUCUGCCCUUGCUUACGCAGGGAAAGGCGCAAGUAGGGUCGACGAAAGUCCGGAAGGACGGCGAGUCGGUCCCCGAGGGCACGGAGCUGCUCCAGGACAUCGUGGAAGACGUGCAAAUACUGAAGGAAGCCCAGCAAAAGGCGGAGGAGCAACCCGAGUUGCACCCAGAGAAACUCCUCCAACGGGUUGACGAACUGGAGAAGCUAAUUAGAGAAAGGGACGAAUUCCUGAAAAUAAUGAGCUGGAACCUCAGAGUGAUGCCUGGUGUGGAAGAAGCCACCAUGGUCACCUGGGAAGAGCUGGAGCAGGCGAUUACUGACGGCUGGAAGGCCUCACAAAUGGUCUCAGAGUCAUCAACAGGGCUUCCUAGGCGCAAAGGGCAGGGUUCCAUAACAUCAAGUGAUAAAAUUCCAAGUGGAUCCUCCACCAAGCAUCCAAGUAUUGACGAGGCUAUAGAGCCUGCCAGUGAUUUUAGCACAGAUAAAACCUUCUUGGGAACCAGUGGCAUAGGAUACUCCUCUGAAGGGGUUACUGGCAGGGAACAAAGCAAAGGUGAGUCUGCUACUGGGUUUCCUGGUAGAGAACAGCACUCAAGGGCCUGUGAAGAAGCUGGCCUAACCAAACACCAUCCCCAGUUGAGAGCAGAGUCAGAUCUUCACCGGGCUAGAGAGCAGCACGGCUUAGCACAUCUACGCAGAGAUGAACGAGAUGCACACCUUGGCCCAGUUUAUCAGGACGUAUCCUCCGCCGCCUUGCCUAGAGAUCUGCAUGGUCAUGUGUCCCCAGAUCAGCAUGGGGGAGUGCACAUUAGCCAGGGUCAAAUCUAUGCACGGCCAGAUCAACCUGGAUUAGGACCACUUGGCGUGGAUCAGCCUGCAUCGCUACAACCUAGCACUUAUGUACAUGGUGUGGUACCCCUCACUGUGGGUCAGCUUGGAGUGAUGCCACCUGGAAUGGAUGAGCAGGAAUUGGUGCUAGCUGGCAUGGCUCAGAGUGAUGCAGUGCCACCAUUGGUAUCUGGCAGAGGUCAGCAAGGAUUGGGACUACCUAGUACAGACCAGCCUGGUAUGGUUCCACUUAGCGCAUAUCAGCAUGAUGUGAUACUUCCUGGCAUAGACCAACAUGGUAUAAAACAGGCUGGCAUAGACGAGAGUGGUAUGGGACCACUUGGCACUGAUCAGCAUGGAUUGGUACCUCUUGGUGUAGAUCAUCACGGAUUUGUAAUAUUUCGCAUGGAUCAGCAGGGCUUGCUGUCACCUGGCUUGAUGCAAGUCGCUGCAGAUCAGCAAGGUUUUGUACAGCCCACUUUGGGAAUAUCUGGCUUCAUACAACCUGGCACAGAGCAGCAUGAUAUGAUCCAGCCCAGUGCAGGUCAGCCUGCUUUGGUCCAACCCAGUAUAGGUCAGCCUGGUUUGGUGCAGCCUGGUGCAGGUCAGCCUGGUUUGGUGCAGCCUGGUACGGGUCAGCCUGGUUUGGUGCAGCCUGGUGCCGGUCAGCCUGGUUUGGUGCAGCCUGACGCUGCAGAUCAGCCUGGUUUGGUGCAACCUGGUGCAGGUCAACAUGGUUUGGUGCAGCCUGGUACAGGUCAGCCUGGUUUGAUGCAGCCUGGUGCCGGUCAGCCUGGUUUCGUGCAGCCUGGCGCUGCAGGUCAGCCUGGUUUGGUGCAGCCUGGAGCUGCAGAUCAGCCUGGUUUGGUGCAACCUGGUGCUGCAGGUCAGCCUAGUUUGGUGCAACCUGGUGCUGCAGGUCAGCCUGGUUUGGUGCAGCCUGGUGCUGGUCAGCCUGGUUUGGUGCAACCUGGUGCUGGUCAGCCUGCCUCAGUCCAGCCUGGUGCAGGUCACCCUGGUUUGGUCCAGCCUGGAAUGUAUCAGCGAGGUUUGGUGCAACCCAGUGCAGGUCAGCCUGGUUUGGUGCAGCCUGGUACAGGUCCACAUGGCUUUUUUCAACCUGGUGUAUCUAUGCCUAGCUUGGUUCCACCUGGUACAUAUCCACCUGGUCUGGUACAGCCUAGUGGCUAUCCACGUGGUUUGGUCCAAUCUGGUGCCUAUCCACGUGGUUUCAUGCAGCCUCGUGCCGAUCAGCGUGGUUUGGUUCAACCUGUAAUAGAUCAGCAUUGGUUGAGGCAAUCUGGUACAGAUCGAGGCUUGAUACCACCAGGCACAGAGCUUCAUGGCUUUCCAACAUACCAUGCAGAUCCUCGAAGUUUUCUAUCACCACGCCCAUACCAGCAUGGUGUGGCACCUCCUGGCAGAGAUCAAUAUGGUCGGGUGUCACCACUCGUAGCCAGUCAAGUUGUGGCAUCACCAGGUAUAGACCGAGAAGGUUUGGUACCACGAGAGACUUAUCAACAAGGUUUGAUGCGUCCUGGCCCAGACCAGCAUGGCCCCAAACCAUUACGCACGGGUGUGGAAUCUGCACGCCAGGAUCAACAGCAUUUGGAAACACCUGAACCAGAGCAGCAUGACCAGGCACAUUCUGUCCCAGACUCCCAUGGUCCAGGGUACCAAGGUGUAGAUCAGUAUGUCGAGGUAGGUUUGGAUCCAAAUGAAAUACGUGACUCAGUCCGACCUGGAGUUUCUGUUCAGACUUCCCCAAGCCAAGAUGCCCCCUUUCUCAGGAGCACACACUCCCUUGACUGUUUAUACCGAGGCUCAUCAGAAAGGAGUGAUGUUCAGAGUGAGAAACAUGAUUCACUGGAUAAAUUGGCUCCUAGCUUCCCCAUGGCAGUGGAAACAUUUCGUCUGCUGGGGGAGCUUAUCAGCCUCUACGUGGAGCUUAAGGAGAACAUAAAGGAUCUGGAUGAUGAACAAGCUGGCCAGACAGACUUGGAGAAGAUCCAGUACCUGCUGGCACUGAUGGUCAAGAAGUCCAUACCCGAUGACCUGCAGGAACAGCUGAAGACCUUAAAGGCCUUGACCAAAGAAGUUGAGGAGGAAAAAGCAAAACUGGAGAAGAUGAACAGGAUCCUGGAGUGGGAGGGAGAACAAGAAACAGGAAAGGAGGUGAAAGCUGGCCAGCUGAGCCUGCAGCUGGGUACCCUCAGAGUCACCGUGGCUGACAUUGAGAAGGAGCUGGCAGAGCUGAGGGAGAGUCAAGAACGGGGCAAGGUCAGCAUGGAACGUUCGGUCUCCGAAGCCUCCCUUUACCUGCAGGAUCAGUUAGACAAGCUCAGGACGAUCAUUGAGAACAUGCUGGCCUCAUCCUCCACGCUGCUGUCCAUGAGCAUGAGCGUGGCCCCGGACAAGCUCCUGACCACCCUGGCACCCAGCCAGAUCGACCCUGCGGCCACCUGCCCAGCCUGCAGCCUGGACCUGAGUCACCAGGUCAGCACGCUGGUGCAGCGCUACGAGCAGCUCCAGGACAUGGUCAGCAACCUGGCUGCCUCCCGGCCCUCCAAGAAGGCCAAGCUGCAGAGCCAGGAUGAAGAGCUACUGGGCCACGUCCAGAGCGCCAUCCUGCAGGUACAGGGUGACUGUGAGAAACUCAGCAUCACCACCGGCAACCUCAUCGAGGACCAUCGGCAGAAGCAGAAGGACAUUGAAGUGUUGUACCAGGGUCUGGAGAAGCUGGAGAAGGAAAAGGCCAACAGGGAACACCUGGAGAUGGAGAUCAAUGUGAAAGCCGACAAGAGUGCCCUGGCGGCCAAAGUGAGCCGUGUCCAGUUUGACGCCACCACAGAGCAGCUGAACCACAUGAUGCAGGAGCUGGUGGCCAAGAUGAGCGGGCAGGAGGAGGACUGGCAGAAGAUGCUGGACAGGCUCCUGAUGGAGAUGGACAGCAAGGUGAGGGGUGGGAGGCUCCAGGGCCCCCUGGACGGGGACAACGCCCUCCUCUCUGGGCGCCGCAGACCCCACCUGCUUCCUCAGAGCUCACCUGGGCCCCACCCUCACCCACAGCUGGACCGCCUGGAGCUGGACCCAGUGAAGCAGUCACUGGAGGAUCGCUGGAAAUCCUUGCGACUACAGCUCAAAGAGUGUUCUCCGCUCUACCAGGCAGACGAGGCAGCCGCCAUGCGGAGGCAGCUCCUGGCACAUUUCCAUUGCCUCUCAUGUGACCGUCCCCUGGAGAUGCCUGUGACUGGACAAGUCAUCCCCCUGACUCCUGUGGGCCCAGGCCUUCCCUGGCACCGGUCCAUCCGCCCCUACACGGUCUUUGAACUGGAGCAGGUCCGGCAGCAGAGCCGCAACCUGAAGCUGGACAGCGCUGCCUUCCCCCGGGGCAACCUGGGGCAGACAGAGCGGAGCAUGGGGCGCCUGCGCAGCAUGCACUCCAAGAUGCUGAUGGACAUUGAGAAGGUGCGGAUCCACUUCGGGGGCUCCGUCAAGGCCGGCAGCCAGAUGAUCCGUGAGCUGCUGCACUCCCAGUGCCCCAGCGACCCCUGCUACAGACGGCUUCCAGAUGCGGCUGAUCACACCUACCCGAGGGCGCCCCGGCUCUGCGGGGGCAGCCACACCCUCACCUACCCCUACCGCCGCAACCGCCUAAAGCACCUGGCACAGGGCCUGUACCCCACCGAGGAGAACCGGAUCGCCAGGAAGCACGAUGAGGUGGAUAUCCUGGGCCUGGACGGACAUAUUUACAAGGGACGGAUGGAUACAAGGCUGCCGGACAUCCUGAACAAAGACAAUUCGGGGAUAAAGCACAAGGCCAAGCAGUCCCAGCCCCACAUGCACCAGCGGCGGUCACUCAGCGACAGCGGUCAGCUGCCCUCACGACCCAAGAGCGCUCAGAUGCUGGCUGGCAACGACUCAGGUAGCUCCUCUCUGGGUGGAGGGUCCUUCUGGGUGGCCUAG